AUGCUUCCAGUAGUGCUUGGCAUUACAAGUAAACAUAAGCACGUGGCUGGAAUAUUUAAGGAGUUUAUUUUUAGUGCUCCUGAUGACCUCCCUGAAAUCAUUCUAACAUUGUCUUUGAUCAGCACCAUUGGAGCAUUUUUGAACCUGCACUUGAAAGACUUUCCAAUUCCUCUCCCUGUGAUGUUAUUUUUACUUGGAUGCGGUUUUGAAGUAUUAAGCUUUACAUCUUUUCGGGUCCAAAGAUACGCAAACGCCAUACAAUGGAUGAGUCCAGACUUACUUUUUUGUAUAUUUGCACCAGUAAUUUUCUUUACUACUGCAUUUGACAUGGAUACAUACAUGCUUCAAAAGUUAUUUUGGCAGAUACUUUUAAUUACAAUUCCCGGCUUUUUGGUUAAUUAUAUCUUAGUUCUUUGGUAUCUGGCAGCUGUAAAUAAAUUACAUUUGAAGCCCACCCCAUGGUUAUUAUUUUCAGCUAUCCUUGUGAGUUCGGAUCCCAUGCUAACUGCAGCUGCUGUAAGAGACCUUGGGCUUUCUAGAAGCCUCAUCAGUUUAAUUAAUGGAGAAAGUCUGAUGACCUCUGUUAUAUCGUUAAUUAUAUUUACUAGUAUUAUGGAUUUUGACAAAGAACAACAAAAUAAAAGGAACCAUACCAUAGCUCGAUACAUCGUGGGUGAAUUUUUUUCAAAUAUUAUAGCAAGUUUCUUGGUUGGAAUUCUAAGUUCAAAACUGAUUCAAUUUUGGAUGUCAACUGUUUUUGGUGAUGAUGUCAAUCAUAUAAGUCUCAUCUUUUCAAUUCUGUAUCUCAUCUUUUAUAUUUGUGAGUUACUUGGAAUGUCAGGAAUAUUUACUCUGGCCAUUGUGGGACUUCUUUUAAAUUCUACAAGUUUUAAAGCAGGAGUUGAAGCACUUCUUCUUGAAUUCUGGAAUUUUCUAUCACGUGUUGCUUUUCUCAUGGUGUUUACUUUCUUUGGACUUCUAAUUCCUGCACAUACAUAUUUGUAUGUAAAAUUUGCUGAUAUAUACUAUUCAUUAAAUAUCUACUUCACACUGAUUGUUUUAAGACUUGUGACCCUUCUGUUAAUGAGCCCUGCUUUGUCUCGAGUUGGUCAUGAGUUCAGCUGGCGCUGGGUAUUCACAAUGAUCUGGAGUGAAACGAAAGGGAUGCCUAAUAUAAACAUGGCCCUUCUGCUUGCCUACUCUGAUCUUUAUUUUGGAUCUGACAAAGAAAAAUCUCAAGUAAAGAAACCUGUAUUUUCUUAUUUGAAUAUUUGUCUGCUUUUUCUUGUUUUAAAACUUUUUAUGUAUCAAAUGUGUGUUUGUAUCAAAGGUCUUCGUGAUGCCACAUCAACAAAAUAUAAAUCAGUUUGUUGCACAUUUCAACACUUUCAAGAGCUAACCAAGUCUGUAGCCUCUGUCCUUAAAUUUGACAAAGAUCUUGCUAAUGCUGAUUGGAACAUGAUUGAGAAAGCAAUUAUACUUGAAAACCCAUACAUGUUGAACCAAGAAGAAACAACAGAACAGCAGAAGGUGAAAUGUCCACACUGUAACAAGGAAAUAGAUGAGAUCCUUAACAUUGAAGCAAUGGAGCUGGCCAACAGGCGUCUCUUGUCGGCACAAAUGGCAAGCUACCAGAGACAAUACAGGAAUGAGAUUCUGUCCCAGAGUGCUGUCCAGGUGUUGGUAGGUGCAGCAGGAAGUUUUGGUGAGAAGAAGGGAAAAUGUAUGCGUCUUGAGACAAUAAAGAAUUAUUCCGAAAGCCAAAAAACAAUUACCUUUACUAGAAAACUACUUCUCAAUUGGGUGUAUAAUACCAGAAAGGAAAAAGUGGGCCCAUCAAAAUACUUCUUUUUUCAUUUAUGCCAUACAAUAGUAUUUACUGAGGAAUUUGAACAUGUUGGAUGCCUUGUGAUAUUAAUGAAUAUAUUUCCUUUUGUAAUCUCUUGGAUAUCCCGGUUAAAUGUAAUCUACCGCAGAGAAUUAAAACACACUAACUACUGUUUUCUCACACUUUAUGUUCUAGAGGCACUACUUAAGAUAGCAGCAAUGAGGAAGGACUUUUUUUCACAUACCUGGAACCUAUUCGAGUUAGCAAUUACAUUAACUGGCAUAUUAUAUGCAAUACUUACUGAAAUAGAAGCCCUUAAGUAUAUUUUUGCUGUGACUGAAGUAAUAGUCUUUAUAAAACUUGUUCAAUUUAUUCGUAUACUACGCAUUUUCAAGCUCAUAGCACCGAAGGUGCUGCAAAUAAUAGAUAAAAGAGUGAGUCAUCAGAAGACCUUUUGGUAUGGAAUACUAAAAGGAUAUGUCCAAGGCGAAGCAGACGUAAUGACUAUAAUUGAUCAGAUUACAAGUUCUAAACAGAUUAAACAGAUAUUAUUAAAGCGAGUAAUAAGGAAUAUGAAGCAUGCUACGAAAGAGCUAGGCUACUUAGAGUAUGAUCACCCAGAAAUUGCUGUCACUGUGAAAACAAAGGAGGAAAUUAAUGUUAUGCUCAAUAUGGCUAGAGAAAUUCUUAAGGCUUUCGGCUUGAAAGGAAUUAUUCAUAAAAUUGAAAGUGCUCAAAUUAGUAAGUUAAUCACUGCCAAAAAGAAAGAGAUGCUUGAGUCUACAUCUAUUAUCAGACCUCUUACUGUUGAAGAAGUCCUAUAUCAUAUUCCGUGGCUAGAUAAAAACCAAGACCAUAUAAACUUCAUUCAGGAAAAAGCCAAAGUUGUAACAUUUGAUUGUGGAAAUGGUGUAUUUGAAGAAGGUGAUGAGCCCCAAGGAAUCUAUAUCAUUAUUUCAGGCAUGGUAAAGCUUGAAAGAUCAAAGCCAGGUUUGGGGAUUGAUCAAAUGGUGGAGUCAAAGGAGAAAGAUUUUCUGAUAAUUGACACAGACUAUAUGCUCAGUGGAGAAAUAAUAGGAGAGAUAAACUGCUUAACUAAUGAACCUAUGAAAUAUUCUGCCACCUGCGAAACUGUAGUAGAGACAUGUUUUAUUCCCAAAACUCAUUUGUAUGAUGCUUUUAAGCAAUGCUCUCCUCUCAUUGAACAUAAAAUGUGGCUAAAAAUUGGACUCGCUAUUACAGCCAGAAAAAUCAGAGAACGCUUGUCUUAUGAGGAUUGGAACUACAAGAUGCAACUAAAGCUCUCUAAUAUUUAUAUAGAAGAUAUACCAAUGACCACCAAAACUGAUAUCUAUGAUGAAAAUGUAAUCUAUGUUAUCCUCAUACAUGGAGCUGUAGAAGAUUGUCAGUUACGAAAAUUUUAUAGAGCACCUUUCUUAAUUCCUAUAACAUGCCAUCAGAUACAAGGUAUUGAAGAUUUCACAAAAGUAGUGAUUAUUCAAACUCCGACUAACAUGAAAGCAUUCAGAUGGAAUAUUAGAAAGUUUAUUCCUAAACAUAAAAGUUCUCUUACACCAGGAUUAAUGCGUUCAACUGAAACAUUGGAAGCAGGCAUUCAAGAAGAAACAAAAACAAAUGUUAAGGAGAAUGGAGCACACAGUACUGCCACUGCCAGGAGUCCCCAGCCUUGCUCUCUGCUCUGGACAAAGUUCAACUGUAAGAAGUCCCUUAGAAUAAACCUAGGAAAGUCAGGAACGAGUGAGAUUGUUAUGAAGACCGAAGCAUGUAUUAAUGCUGUGGCUGAGAGGCGUCCUGCUGCAGAAACACACUUCCCUACAUCAAGAAGGAGCAACAUCAAGUUGGAUCCUGUGUGGACGACCUUGGUGCUAAGCAGAAAAGAAGUUUGGACCUUGAGACCAGCCAGUUCAACACAUAUACUUUUUGCAAAAUUUCCUUGA